ACGAAAUGUGGAAGUGGAACCAUGUUAUUAUACUUUUUUUCAUAUGGCCAACCAGUCAAGGACUUGAAAAUAAAACUCCUUCUAUCGAUUCAAAGUUGCCAAAGGAAGUACCCAAUUCGGAAACAUUCAGCAGCAACAAGGCCAAAAAUAAUAAUGAUGGGAGAUUGAAAUAUAAAACUGCACCCAUAAUUAAGUAUGUGUAUUAUCCCUACCCAUAUCCAAUGUAUCCUCAAUUCCCACCAAACGGAAACUAUCCGCCAAAAGGAAGCUAUCCACCAAACGGAAACUAUCCACCAAACGGAAAAAAUCCAAACCCAUGGAACCCUUGGGGACAAAAUGGAAUCAAUCCAUACCCACCGCCUAAAUUUCCUGCACCCUCCGGUUGGAAACCACCUGGACCGAUGGCUCCUCCAAACUCACCUUCUGGUUUACCCGCACAGCCAGGCGAGAAUUUAUCUCCACUGGAGAAUCAAAAUAUAUUUAAUAUUAAAACAGCUUAAUAAUAUCCCUGGCACCACCAGGAGCACAAUUUUCUAAAAUAAAGAUAAUUACUGUGUCCGAUAA